CCAUCUGCUGUCAAGUCAUGCAGAAGACCACGAAAUCCCCUCAGAGUGAAGAAGCAGAAUAUACCUACUCAAAGGCUGCAAAGGCGGAGCUUGGAAAGAAAUACGACAUUGCAUUCCGCUUGUAUAUCAAAGCUGCCGAGAUCUUCCUGCACCUCAGUCGAUCCAACAAUGCACGCGAGCAGGAAAAGUCGAAGUGGAAGACCAGUGCUUCGAAGGCUUUGGAAAGGGCCGAGAAGAUCAAAGCUUUCACGCAGCAGCAAGCCACUUCGCCGACCAAUAAUCAAUCCGGGCCCGAAAAUCGCUUGAACAUGACCCUGACACCUGUCGCAGUGGACCACUUCUCCGAACGCGAACAAUAUUAUGUGCUCCAGAAGGGCAGCGUCGUCAACGGGCUCAAGUUCCCCAUGUGGGACGAAGGAGAUCCGGGUACAAAAUCGACUUCGUUGUACGAGGAUCCUGAUGGCCAGCCCGGUUUGUCUCCGGAGCAAGUGGAAUUAUCGACAGUUUGGCGACGGCCAGACGCCCUAGCCAAUGUUGAGUUCCUACCUCUGGGUUCAGAUCCAAAGGCGCUUCAAAUCAGGGCCCAGGAGAUAGUGCAGCAAGUUGUCACGGACUGUUCCGUGUGCGCGUCCCUAUCCGUAAGCUUGGAGCACAGUCGUAGAUUUUCGCUAAGCUCACCCUCAUGUCUAUAUUACUCCCCAAAGACCGGACGCUGUGAUGUGAAGGUUCUAUGGAAUGGUGCUUGUAGACGCGUAUUUAUUGAUGAUAAGCUGCCCUAUCACCCUAGCCUCUCUUCUUUGACGUGCAUGACCUGUCGCAUUCAAGAAGGUUUUGACCCACCGAGGCCGGUGCUUUGGCCGAGUCUCAUCGAGAAAGCCUACAUGAAGUUAAUGGGGGGGUACAACUUCCCUGGAUCAAAUUCAUGCAUUGACCUUCACGCCUUUGGCGGAUGGAUUCCCGAGCAGCUAGACAUCCAAAGCAGUAACUUCGAACGUGAAAAGACUUGGUCCAAACUUCUGGAAGGCUUCACUCGCGGCGACUGUGUUUUAACUUUGGGGACCGGUGCGAGACCUGACAUACGCUGGGACACGGUAGAUAUCUUGUCGUCUCACAGUUAUGCAGUAAUAGACGUCGAGGAGGAGGAUGAAGAGCGAGUAUUAACUGUUUUGGACCCUUGGAUAUCUCCAGAGGAUGAUAAACAGGAGUCAAGAAUAUUGCGUAUACUAUGGUCGGACGUCCUUGUCGUCUUUGACGGCAUCUAUAUCAGCUGGGAUCGGCGACGCUGGAAGAACACAUUAACAUUCCAUGGACAGUGGAAAAAGAACGCAUGUGAUAAUGGCUGCACGCGUCAACUCAGAGCCAACUUCAGUGUUACAGACAACACAGUCAAGGAAGAUGAGAUCUGGGUUUUAUUAACGCGACAUCUUUCAAGGAGCAGGGAGACAUCUGAGUUUAUAGCUUUGCAAGUAGAAGCAGAUGACGACAACAUCAAGGUUUGCGAUAACAGGCUGCUCUCCGCAAAGGGGGUGUACACAAAUAGCACACAUGUGCUGGUCAAAUCUAGAAUUUCUAAGAAUCAACCUUCUGGAACCUUGGUUAUACUUGCCUCAUACGACGGAAAGUCUCAAGAUGUCGGUUUUACGUUGACGGUGUAUGCCCGUUCUGCUAUCACGAUUUCAUGGAAUACCGAUGUUCCGAUACCGCCAUUCACGACAGAGAUUGAGAGCACAUUCACGCUGAAGAAUGCAGGAGGAAACUCUACCUUUCCGACGUAUAUGGUUAACCCCCAGUAUCAUCUACGGAUUCAUCCAAUGGCGCAUAUUCGGAGCAAAUCUAAAGUCAGCUUGACCAUGCAUACAGUCAAGGAUCUGCCUGUCAAUAUAACGGUUGUGUGGUCUCAGGGUCAUCGGGUUUUUGAACUGGCUGAGAAAGACGUCGUUUCCAGUUCGGGUGCUUACAGUUAUGGCUUAGCCAGGCUUUCCCAGCUACUGGGAGCUGGGGACUACAAUGUUAUACUCUCGUCCCUUGAGCCACACAAGACUGGCCCAUAUUGCCUGAUGGUGGAGAGUACUUCACGAUUUGAUUUUACUCCCAUUCCACAGGAAGGCGUCGGGAUGUACAGCAGGGUUAUUCGUGGAGCAUGGAACGCGGACACAGCGGUUGGAGGCCCUAGCUUCAAGCAGUAUGCACACAAUCCCAUAUAUGAAGUCGACUGCCCAUCAGCCGCUCAGAUGAAAGUCCGACUACAGCUUAUUCGUCCCUCGUCCAGCUCUCCGCUUAACGUCGCUAUAUACCCGGCCGACGCGUCUGAAUAUACCGCUUCGCAUCUAGCUACGUCUGGUGCGUAUGAUGAUGCUAUCUCUGGCGUUGUCACGCCGCAGAUAUCCCUCAACCGGGGGAAGUACUGGAUCAUACCGUCGACAUUUAAUCCGGGGAUUGAGGCGGCGUUCCAGCUGAUUGUAUAUAGUUCUGUCUCGGGGGUAGAAGUUGAACUGCGGUCAAAGGGUGCAAAUUCUUGAACCUGGGGUGGUCUCGUUAGAGGCGUACUGGUCAAGGGUCUCUGUGCAAAUCAAGCUUAUCCUGUUUUUGUCUCUGGUUCUAUCCACUACAAAUGUGGAAUAAAACCAACAGCUUUUGUCAUGUUUAUUCUCCUCCUCUGUCCAUGUCAGCGUCAUCUGAGAGCAGACUACGGUUACCAGGAGAUAGUUACUAGCUAUCUGUAAAUCAAAUAAUUGAGUUCUCCGUGCG